AUGGCCACUUUUGCAGAGCAACCAGUUAACACUAUGGCCUCGAACGACUUCACCUUGUACCCCUACUCAGACCAGUGGAACCAAGAUCACUCCUACCUUCCCACAUCAACAUACGCGGAUCAAGCAUACAUAAACGCAACGACCUUUGACUCAUAUCAAAGCCAGUACAGCUACGCGCCCUUCCCUGAUCAGUUCAACGACUUCAACGAUCGCCCUGUACAGCAAUCGAAAGCGCACCUUCAAGCUCCGAGCGCGCAUCACUCCCCGGCCAACUCCGCGUCACAUUCGUUCGAUUAUAACCCAGCAGUGUCCGACUCGGGUGCGUCAGUCCAGAGUACGAUCUCUUCCGCAAUGGGCUCGCCUUCAGCGCAUCCACAGUCCAGCGAUUGGCACCAACAGCAGAACAUGUACCCAGGCAUCGUUCAGCAAUCCGACAGCUUAUACGCAACAAGCAGCUUCGACUUCGAAACCAUUCCGGCCACUGACAAGGGCUGUGUUGAUCCCUCUCUAAUCCAGCCUUACUCCCCACCUCCCCAAUACACUGGCUCCCAGUUUUCGGAAGCACAACAGCAAAACCUCCCAUACCCUGCAAUCGCCUCCCCCAAGACCUCGAUCCACAGCCCAAGAGCACAUAGCGUAAAGCAUCAGGGAUCCGCCUCUCCAUAUGUUCGCCAGCAGUCAUGGCAACCAUAUCCACAGCAACAUCAAGGCUCGCGACGACAGUCGAUCUCAUCGAUACAUUCACGACACAGCCAGAACUCGCAUUCGUCGGAGGACUCGAACAAGGGUCUUUGCCCGAUUGCGACAUGCGGAAGGCAUGUCAAGGAUCUCAAGGCACAUAUGCUCACACACCAGAACGAGCGUCCAGAGAAGUGCCCAAUACCGACAUGCGAGUACCACACAAAGGGCUUUGCUCGCAAGUACGACAAGAACCGACAUACCCUCACUCACUACAAAGGUACCAUGGUCUGCGGCUUCUGUCCUGGUAGCGGCAGCGCCGCAGAGAAGAGCUUCAACCGCGCUGAUGUCUUCAAGCGACACUUGACUUCAGUACACGGCGUAGAGCAGACACCGCCGAACGCCAGGAGAAAGAGCCCGCCACAAGCAUCCAAGAAGCCGUUUGGUUCAUCGCGCGAGGUGUCCGGAAUGUGCUCUACCUGCGGCAACACCUUUGCAAGUGCGCAGGACUUCUAUGAGCAUCUUGACGACUGUGUCCUUCGCGUGGUCCAGCAGGCCGAUCCUGGCGAAGCAGUCAACGAGAAGUUGCUCACUCAGAUCUCAGAGGACAAGGAGGUCCAGGAAACACUCGAGAAGCACAUGCUUCCAACGAACCUCGACGGCCCGACCUCUUUCGACGAAGAGGAUGUCGACGAGGAUGAUGACGCGGAUGAGGAUGACGCCAACGACAGCACAUAUGGCAGCCGAAGGUCGAAGAAGCUCGGCAAGAACGGUUCUCGCAUCGCCAACAACGGUGCCAUCAGCAAGCCCACCAAGAAGGGCAUGACAUACUCCAAGAAUGGUGUUCCAUUGACCGGUCUCGCCGGCAAGGGCUCCAAGCGGAGAAAGAACUACCCUCUCUCUUGGGGUGCAGCCCCAGACAAGAUGAGGAUGAGGAAGCGUGUCAUCUGCGUCUACGACGGCCAGCGUCGACUGAUGAAGGAUGACAUGAUGCUCGACGCCGACCACGAAGUCCGCAUUCCACUUCCCGGUGACGACCGGGCCUGGGUCACCGACCUCGACGUCCAGACGCUCCGCAGAGCGGAGGGUUUCCUCAAUGCAACUGAGGAAGAGAAGGGACCAUGGAUCCAGGAUGAUGACGAGCUUGAACGACUCAUGUCGACGUAG